AUGAAAUCGCUUACAAGUGUGAUAAAGGAUUUAUAUCGGAUAUGCAGUUUCUGCCUAUCUUCAUGCUGUACUGUCUUAUCUCGUUUGUGCCGCGCGCAUGCUCAGAUGGUGGCCUUGGAGAUGUCGAGAAGAUUUAGCAUUAGCCAUAAUAUAAAUAACAAAGCACACCACAGCAAAGAUUUGUUUACAUUUCUUUUAGAGGAGGACCAUGUCAGAUCUCUACCUUCCAUGGCCGCACAAACUGAAAAUGGGUUUUUACAUCUGAAACAGUACCUCAAAGAGAUGUCAUCCAUGAGACAAGCUGUGAACACAGGUCGUCCCUUGGUAAUUUGCUUGAGGGACCAGGAUAGACUUCCACCCCUACCAAAGAAAACCUCACCCAGAUCUACUAAUGACAAGAUUGCGGCAGAUAUAGAAUGCACCAUGUCAAUAAAGCAGCAUGCUCCAGCAGAAGAGGAAAUAUUAAGGGCCGGCAAUAUCAUAUUUUACGUUUUAUACAGAAGGAUAAAAUUCAGGAGGGACGAGCACAUAAUAGAGAAGCUUCAGUGGAUCUACAAGAUACUUUGUGGCUUAACCAACAUGAGGAAUAGAGACCUGAAAACACUGUUGCCUCUUGCAAGUGGGUAUGUGAACAUCAUCAUGAAAGACACAGAUAAAACCAAUGUUCUUUUGAAGAACUCUCAGAGGUGUCUGAUUCCAUUUGCACCUGAGGACAUGAACAUCAACCCAGACUUGUGGGAGUCAUUCAUCAAUCACCAAGACCAAGGCAGUAAAAUUUCCACAGAUUUUCAUGGGAAUACCGGUACUAUCAUUGUUUUUAAUGUUUUUUGUUUUUGUUUUUCAGAGCCAAAAUCACCCUCCGCUAAGUUUGCUGGUUGUAAGCCUGUCCAGUUAGGACUCAGAAGGAAGGCAGGUCUAAAGGAGGUAGAGAAUGAAACUGGGGACCUACCUCCUUGGCUGAACCUGCUCUUGGAUGAGAACACCACAUAUGAGAAGGAUCCUCAGAAACCAAAGAACAGACAUGAUAUGCUGGAACGUGUCAGAACAAAGUUCAUCGAAAUUCAGAGAUCUAUGAACAAUCAGAUGGAGACAGACAUGUUUGAGAAGAAAAUACACAGAGAGGAGAGAAUGAGGACUCUCCUGGAUGCAUUGAUGGCCUCAAGGAAGGAGACAAGCCUACCUAUGCUGCUCUCCUCACUAAAACAUGAGCUCAGGGAACCAAAAUCUGCGCUUUUAUUUUGGUACGAAAUCCUGAAGAGCGAUGUCUCAGAAUUGUCUGAUGACAGGGACUUUGAGUACAGGACCAUCCUGCAGAAGAUUGGCCAAUUCCACAACUUCUCUCACAAGAAGUUGCCCUACUCAAAGGAGAAAUUUUGUCUCCUUGUACUCUCUCUGCCAUCGAAUCAGCUUCUGCAACCAGCCAUGCAAGAUGCUCUGAUGUUCCUCACUGAGAACGUCUUCCAGCUCCUACCCCGACAACUCAAGCACUGGUAUCAGUAUCUCAAACUGCCCUUUUAUGACGCCUCCUGACUCUUAAACUCAAGUCAUCCUCAGAGGGCUGCCAGCCAAUAGUUGUUAUUUUAGUUUAAAUGAUAUUAAAUGUCAUUUGUUUCAGACAUAUGGA